AUGAAAAGAGGCGCGAAGGCGGCGGCGGCGGAAGCGGCGGCCUGGCUCAAGAUGUGCUCCGAGCUGCCCACGGCGGGCACCUCCGUCACGCUGCGCGUCUCCUUCGUCGAGGUCCACCCGGAGAGCCCGCUGGCCCGCCUCUGGGGCCUGUCGGGCGAGUGGCGGGAGCUCUACGCGCGGCUCCGCGACGACAUCCAGGCCGACCCGGGGCCUCGCCUGGCCAGCGCCCCGGGCGGCGUCGGGGCGGCCGCCGCCGCCGUGGGCUUCCUGUCGGUCGGCGACCUGUGCCUGGUGGAGCUGGGCGGGCGGUGGCUGCGCUGCCGCGUGGUGGGCCGCCUCCCGGGCCCGGGCCGCGACUACCGCGUCUUCCUGCUGGACGAGGGCCGCACCGUCAGCGCCGGGCCCUACUACCUGGCCCGCGGCCGCGAGGAGUUCUUCCACCUGCCUUCCGAGGUGCUGGGCUGCAUCCUGGCCGACCUGGUGCCGCCCGGGAACUUCGGGGCCGAGGCGGGCGGGGAGCCGCAGGGACUGAGAGGCGGCGUCGGCGGGGGCAGGCUCAGCUUCGGCUGGACGGCCGGCGCGGUGGAGUUCCUGGGCUACCUCCACGGCAAGGAGGUGACGGGCCUGGUGCGGGAGGUCCUGUUCCCGCAGCGCCUCGUGGUCCUGGAGCUGCCCUGGCUGCUGGCCCAGAUGCACCACCUCGGCCUCGCCAGCCAGAUCUCGCCCGCCGCCUUCCGGACCUUGAUCAACGCCUCCCUGGGGGGCAGCUCGCUUCGACCAGAACAGGCGCCCCUUCCUGCCACCUCCACCCCUGCCCGAGGCCGGAUGUGUCCUGGUUCCCUGGACUACUACUACCCCAAGCUGGAGUUGAACGUGACCGAGUCGGUGCUGGUGACCGAAAUAUGCGACCCCCACAGGAUCUACUGCCAGCUGCGCAGCCUCUCCAAAGAGAUCUGCCGCCUCUCCGACGCCAUGAGCCAAGCCUUCGAGGGGGCCAGAGGAGACGACCCGCAAGAGGCCUUGCCUGCCCCGGGUUCCCCCUGUGCCGCCCGGGGCAUAGACGGACGCUGGUAUCGAGCUCUGCUGCUGGAACUAUAUCCCGGGGGUAGCCCAGAAGAGCAGCCGGGGGCAGUGGCCCAGGUGAUCUGCGUGGACUAUGGCAGAAAGGAGUUUGUGACCAAGAGGAACCUGCGACACUUGUCGGCGGAGUGCUUCCGCAUGCCAGUGGUGACGUACCUUUGCUCGUUGCAGGGGGUCACCGAUGGGGGCUGCGGCUGGACCCGCUCACAGAUCAGCGAGCUCAAGACCUUGCUGCUGGGCAAGGCGCUGCAAGCUCACAUCGAGGCUUAUUGUGCCUUUGAGCAUGUAUAUUACGUGACCUUUUUUGGGGAAGAAGGUUUCAACCUCAACUGCCUUUUUGGGGUGCAGGCACGCUGCCUGACCCAGAGAUUUGUGCACAGCCAUCAAGGGCACACUUCUGACUUAGUGGCAGAAAAGGAAAGCAUCAGUGCCCCUGCCAAGAAGGAACCGCUGAGCACGUUUACGACCCCCUCCCUGCCUACGGUGCAUCUGAAGGCAGGUGAGUGCCACAAAGCCCAAGUAUCCUUUCUCCAAGACCCCACACAGUUUUCCGUGUACCUCCAGGAGUACCACCAGCCUCUCUGUCACUUGAAACAAAACUUACAAGACUUCUAUUCUCAAAGCAAAAAACUAGAGGGUGUUCUCCUUGAGCCCCAGCCAGGUUCCUUGUGCUGCGUGAUGUUGAAGGAGAAUUCUUACCACCGUGCCAUUGUCACCAGCGUGCAGGGGGAAGGUAUCGAAGUAUAUCUGGUUGACCGGGGAAGCACGGAAUUAGUUGACCUGUACAAGGUGAAGGAUCUGCUUCCUCAGUUCAGAGAACUUCCUGCUGUGGCACUCAGGUGUGCCUUGGCUAAUCCUUCUCCAAGUCAACCGUGGAGUCCAGGCUCUGUAGACUAUUUCAAGAAAGCUGUGCUGAAUAAGGAACUGGUGAUGCAGGUCCUGGGCAUGCAAGGGGACAUUUACAUAGUUGAACUUUUUGAUCAUUCUCUAGCAGGAGAAAAAAACUUAGCCAAAAUCAUGUCCCAGGGGAAGUACGCUGAGCAUCAUGACAAGGCAGUGUUGGAGACCAUCCAGAAGCUUUCAGAUAAGCUUGUGAGAAAGAGUGCUAAAGAGCAGGGCGUAAGUCAUAACCCCAAGACUGUAAUAUCUGCAAAAGAUAGAGAAUUCCCAUCCAAACUUGACCGUCCAGCUUUGACAACCAAACACCAAGCAGUUGAAAGCAUUUGCUCUUUGCCAAGUAAAGCAGUUGGAAAAGAGGAAUCUAAGGGUGUCCCAGACAAUUUGCCCUGUCUUGCAAAAAACUCCUCUGAAAGAAGGGCAGGAUUAUCUUGUGAAGGGCAGUUAGAAGUUGGAAGUACAGUCGAUGUGAUAGUAUCUUAUGUAGAAAGUCCCAGUCUCUUUUGGUGUCAGUUGGCUAAAACGUCCCAUGAUUUGAAGAUACUUAUGGCUGAAAUUCAGCAUUACUGUCUUCAUGCAGCACAGCCCCAUGACUGGCUUAACCCUGUGUGUCUUGCUAAGUAUUCAGGAGAUGAGAAGUGGUACAGAGCUCUUAUUAUUCGUGCUGCUCAUCCUACAGAAGGGGUAGAAGUCGCGUAUGUCGACUAUGGGAAUAAAGAGGUUGUUCCUCUAAAGAAUCUUUGCUCAACUAGGGCCGAGUUUCUCCAGCUGAAAGCCCAGGCUUUCCGAUGUAGCCUUUACAAUUUAAUUCAGCCAGAUAAUCAGGAUCCUUUUGUUUGGGAUGAAAAGGCCACUGAAGCUUUUCAGGAAUUUGUUGACUCAGCAACUAAAAUUGAACUGAAGUGUACCAUAUUUGCUUUAGCAGCACUUGAUAAUACAUACCUGCUUAACGUGGUGGACUUAAUCACACCUUUUGAAAGUGCAUGCCAUUUUUUAACGAGGAAGGGCUUAGCCAAAUCUGUAGCACCACAGAAACCCUUGGCAUCAUCAGUUCAUCUUCUAUCUUACUAUUAUUCAACACAUGACAUCAAAAUAGGAAGUGAAGAGUUGGUCUAUGUCACACAUGUCCAGGAUCUGUGUCUCUUCUACUGCCAGCUGGCCAGAAGUGCUCAUGUUCUUGAACACUUAACAGAUAGCAUCAGUAAGCUCAGCAAAGUGGGGCAUGGUCUGAAAUCCUCACCGGAUCUUCGAAACUUAUAUCUGGCAAAGUAUACUGAUGGCUGCUGGUACAGGGCAAUACUGGCUCAAGGAAGUUCUACCAAAGAAGUCUUCUUUGUCGAUUAUGGGAAUACUGAGUCCCUGAAAAAAGAAGAUCUGAUGUUAGUACCUGGAGAUGCCUAUGAGAUACAGCUUUUACCAAUGCAAGCGAUAAAAUGUUCAUUAUCUGAUAUUGCCAAAGUACCCAAAGAAGCCAUUGCGUGGUUUGAAAAGUUAGUGCUGGAUAACUCCUUAAAGGCUUUAAUUGUAGCAAAAGAACCUGAUGGAAAACUGAUAGUUGAAUUAUAUGAUGGCAAAAUACAGAUCAAUGCAAAACUGAAAGAACGCUUAGAUUUACAAGGCAGCAAAAGAAUGGUGAGAUCUGCAGAAAAUAGGGAAUUGGGCAGUGAGGCAAGGAGGCCAUUUUUUACAGGGGCUCACCAUUCUACUCCAGAGAUUAAGAGACAGGUGUCUAAAAAUCUGGAACCCCUGGGUCAUAGCAAACCCAGUGCUGCAUGCAGAGAAGUAAAACCCUCUCAGCAGAAAACAAAGAGAGAGAUGGUGACACAGUCUCGCCUGCCAGUGGAAGGACGUAACCAAGCUGAUCCUGUGACAGGCAGGACUGGACACGAUGAGAGAGAAGGGACAGCUGAUAGCUUGGAAAACCGAAAUCAAAAUGAAAUUUUCACAGACUCUCCACUUAAGAAAAUGUGUGAUUUACCUCUGAAAAACCUAAGCCCUGGUUUUAAGACCUUUGUGUAUGUUUCUCAUAUAAACAGUCCGUCUGACUUUUAUGUUCAGCUAGUAGAAGAAGAGCCCCUACUUGACAGUAUUUCAGAGAAACUAAACCAGUCUGAAAUGGUUGAGAACCUAAAUGGACAGCAGCUCUACAUAGGAGACUUGAUAUGUGCAGUUUUUCCAGAAGACAGCUUGUGGUAUCGAGCUGUAGUCCAAAAGCAGCCCUCAGAUGAAUUGGUCAGUGUACAGUAUAUUGAUUAUGGUAAUACCGCAGUAGUUAACAUUUGCAAAACCUGUAGACUUCUGGAGGACUGUGCACUCUGUCCAGGAAUGAGCAUUCGCUGCUCACUGGGUGGAGUGAAGACCGGAAGGCUCCCAGAGUGGACAGAGGAAGCAGUUCUGUGCUUCUCCCAGAGCACAAGUGAAAUUCAGAUGAACUGUGAAUUUGUGGAAAAACGUCAAGGCAAAUGGGAAGUUAUUCUGUGUGACAGAGAAGGUAACGUGACGGCAGAUUUGGUUAAUAGUCAUCUUGCAUGCAAAAAAUCUCUGUCCCUGGAGGCACCUGACAAAAAUGAAACCGAGCCUGACUUGAUACAUUUGGGUCACGUUACUUCUGAUGAGCCUAGCAGACCUGCAGGUGGACAGGAUGCCAAGUCAUUUUUCUGGAAGACACCUGUAGGUGGACAAACUGUAGAAGCCUUUGCGAGAGCCACAGAGAGUGCAGAUUAUUUCUGGUGUCAGUUUGCUGAUCUGAAUGAAAUAAUUUCCAUUGAAAAGAAGGUCCAGGAUGCUACAAAGCUGGCUGGUUUCAAUGUGGGUGAUAUUAAAAUUGGUUGCCCUUGUCUAGCAAAAUGUAGUAAAGAUGAAAAUUUUUACCGAGCAAUAGUUACGAGUGUACAAGAGAACAUCUUGAGAGUUACUCAUGUUGAUUAUGGAACUGAGGACCUUGUCACCAGAGAGAUGUUAAGGCAGAUUUCUGAUGAGCUAUUAACACUACCUCCUCAAGCAUUUCUAUGUAGUCUGUUUGGAUUUAAUUCCUCUGAGGGUUCCUGGGUAGAAGGAACAAUUGGCAUCUUCUGCGGUAAAAUAGUGGAUUCCUUACUAGACGUUACAGUUAUGGAAAUACUGUGUAAUAGGCCUUUUGAAAUUCCAUUAUUUGUUGUUAAUUUGGAAUGUCAGGGGGAAAGCAUAAAUGCACACAUGAAACCCUUUUGGAAGCCUAACAAUGAAAAUGGUGGCGCAGCUGUGGCGAACCUCCUCAGUGAUGAAGGACAGAACAAAGAUGCUAAGGCAGAAGAUUUGGAAGUUUUACACUGUGAAAUGGGAAUAUCUGCUUGCACUUCAUUGGCUUCCAAAGAUACCAUGGCCUCAGAGGAUUUGUUAUGUGCUUCAGAGCCUUUUCAGCCAACAGAAGAGUGUUCAGCUUCUACAAGAAAUGUGGAACUUUGUGAAAUGAAAGGAAAUGAAGAUCCAGCCGGGCAUCACCAAACCACCUUUGAGGUACUUGAUAUAGGGGAACAACCAGCUAUACCUGAAGUGCCUACUAAUGAAUUGGACUGUUUGACCCCCGAGAGAGAAAGUGAUAGCCAGAUGAGUGCUCUAAGUUGUAUAGAUGUUUCUGAAGUUCUACUUCCAGCACGUAUUGAAGCAGAGGUGUCAGGACAGAAUACCUUUGAAGCUCAAGAGGAGGUCAAAGACUGGAAGGCAACUUUAAUACAGGAUCCAUUUGACAUGGAGCUGCUGUUGAGUGCUGGAAAAGACUCUUCAGGAAGCUUAGCGGAACCGGGGUCCAUUGAUGUGAAUCAACUCUCAUGUGAAGAAAUGGGAGAAACCUCCAAACUGGUCUUGGUUGAAGAGCCCUGGGUGGAAAGAGAGCUGGAUCCGAGCCCUUUGCUAAUGGAUGAAGUGGACUGUGGGCUAAGCUGUGAGCAGGAGAGGCCACUAGAACUGCCGGCCCCUUCAGCACCCUUUUUGCUAGCUGUCGAAAUUCAGGAGCUGCCCAUACUGCCUGCUGCGCCCGCUUCCUCUCCCCCAGAAAUUCCGUCCUGCCUUUCAGAAAGCAAAUUAAAACCGCAAGCCGAGUUUUGUAUGGGAGAGGAGGAUACAGAUCUGUGUGAAAUCGGACCCGAUGCCCCGAAACAGGACGACGUAAAACCGCAGACUGUGCUGGAGGAAAGCUUGGAACCAGUAGAGACGAGGCCUGUCACGUGCAGUGGUUUUGAAGAGAGCGACAGCGAGUUGGCCGAUGAUGGUGAUUCUGCAACUCGGCUGCAGUGGGAAGAGCGAGCUGAAACUUCAAGCCAGAGUGCCGAAAAAAAUGAAACUCCUUGUGAGUUAGAAGGUGUUGAUGUUGGACCCAAAUGCGUGGUGAAGACAGAUGCACAGGGGUAUGAGGUUCAGAUCUUGGACGCUUCUGCUGAAGGUACACAGCUUUAUGUAAAUGUUUUGAAUCUCUUUAAUGGGAACAAAGAGACAGUCAGCCCUAUAAAUGUUUGGAAUGGGAUUUCUGAACAGAACUUGGGUCCAGCCGAGGUAUUAUGUGAUGAAAUGGGUACCCCACUUGAAUCGUCAGAAAGUAGUUUAGAAGCUGACGCUGUGAAGGAAGAGACUGCUGAUUCAGACAGCUACGCCGACCCUUUGGGGUUAAGCGACCAAGAAGACUGA